CAGUGUGAACAGCAGCAGUCCUCUCCACAAUGAAUCUUCAUCUCCAGUCAGUGUGUCAGCUCGCUUUUCUGAGCCUCUGCUGUGUGCUCAUCUCAGGUAAGAACCCCUGGAUUAUCCUCAACUUCAACGAGUGAUUUUAAACCUCAUAUAGACUCAAAUACAGCUCAUAAAAAAGCAGGAAAAGUCAUGAUUUUGUACAAAAACACGAAGGGAAAAGUGACAGAAACCUAAGAGAGGAUUAGAGGUAACAAAAAAUCAUAACUGAGCUAAGCUUGUUGGAGAAUUUCUGUUUGAUGCCUCAGGAGCAGGUUUUGUUGUUUGAGCAUGUGAACCCUCAGUGACUAAAUCUCUGCUCGUGUUGAGUUAACCUGUUAAUCCUGUUACUGUGUCUGUGUUUGUGUGUCUGCGCAGUGAGACAGUCAGACAGCACGUUCGUCCCGGGAAGAUGUCUGUGUCCAUCGACACAAAACGGCGUCAGAGGGCAGCUGAAAGAGCUCAUCGUGCACCAAAAGAGUGCCAGCUGCAAUAAAAUCACAGUGAUGUGAGUAGCAGAGCCUGCACACAAACACACCAGAUCUACACACACAUGUAUAGAGGAGUGUGAGUUAACUCAAUGGAUUGCACGUGUUUUUUUUUUUUCAGAGUGACUCUGAAGAGCAACAACGAACUGAGGUGUCUGAAUCCAGACUCUCCGCUGGGUAAACAGCUGAUCCGCUGCUGGAACAGGUAAGAGCACUGAUCAAUAAAACUGUUAAUGAUUAUUGAGAGCUUUUAGAGUAACUGAAUGCUCAAAAAACUUCCUCUUUGGUGAGUUUUAUCAGCUAUGGAGAAGAUUUUAAACCCUUAGAGGAUGAAGUUGUCUCUAAAUCAGAGUUUCAGGAUAGAAAAACUGCGAAUACACACUCUAGUUUGAUUAAAUCUCGCAGAAUAUUAAAGCAGAGUGUCCUUGUUCGGUUGAGGGAAGUUCAUAUUUCCUGCUAAACACAGCCAACAGUAUCCUGUUUGUUGCCAAGCCAGUUCUUGCCCUAACAAAACACCCACCUGAGCAAAUUCUUAAACUUUCCUCUACACGUCCAAUCACUCAUGCAACUGAAGAAACAAAGUCAGAUAGUGUUUUAACACGGCUAUAAUCUAGUUCAUUUAUAAUCGAUGGGAAGUUAGUGUAACUUUUUAUGCUUUCCUGUCUCUGUUUAUGUGAUGGACUUCAGAACAUUGAAGCUAUUUGAGUCUUUAACACAAGUGAAAGUGUUUCUUUCUGGCAGGUCUUCAUAAAUCUUCUCCUGUAUGUGUCCUUUAGAGCUCAUAAGUUGGGUCGUGAUCCAAAGCUGUGCCUGAAGAGGAGGAGGAGGGGAGGGAGAGGAGGAGGAGGAGGAGGAGGAGGAGGACAGCGCCAGCGGAGUGGAAUGGGGCGCCGAGGUCAUGGCAGGAGAAUUUAGUCGUCUAGCUCCCAGUAGUCGACCCCACCUGAAACCUGAUCCAAAGCUACUGUGAGGAUGAAAGUGAACACGCGCUGGAGAGUUCAGGCCGUCAGAGGACGAUAAAAAAAAGCAGCACACAACCACUUUUCUUCUUAAAAAUGUCCGUCUGCUCUGAUGCCAGCCUCCCCUUCAGCUGUGUUCUGGGCUGUAAAUGAAGCUCUCCGUCUGUGACGGGAGCAGGGAGGGUUUUCCUCCUCUGUGUAAAUGACUGAUGCGAUGUUCAACACUAAGCCCUGGAGGCCGGUCAUAAAUGUUGACAACUAUAGCUUUAAAACACUGUUCAAUAGUCGAUGUAUUGUUGCUGUGUAGUUCUGCGUGUGCAGCAGGAAAAGCUAAGAGAAGACGUUUGUUAUUUAUUUUUAUAUGCAUAAAGGAACUUUAGAUGUUAUUUUAAAUAAAUAUAUCAGAAAAAAAAA